GUGUUGCUACUAAGAAAAGUAAGCUAGAUCCUGAUCGUAUUCGGUGGUUUACGACAUCGAUUAAUUACCACCAAUCCAAUUGACACAUAGAGCCAGUUAUCACAAGUUUAGUUUUGCUGAUACUCAGCCCUAAACUUGGAGAAGGGAACAGAGAUUUUGAACAAUUUCUGGUGACGGAGAGAGCUCAAGUUCUGCGAAAUCGACAGGAGUUCGCUCAGAAUCAAUCAAAGAUAUCUCGAACUUUCCAAGAGACUAUUUUAUUAACGUUGACUUUACGAUGAAGGGAAUUUUAUAGCAAAAAUGUAUAAUGGAUUGGAUAAGCCGUUAUUUGGCGAGGCAAGACCAAGGGAUCGCUACUUUAAUUAUGUCGUCGGAGCAGUCACGGUCAUAUUAGUCUGUGAGACCUUGAUAAGCUCUUUGGUGUUCCCGCACUUCCCACCCAAAGCAAUCAAUGUCUUCCUUGCUUCUAUUAUCUCAAUGAUAUGCAUAUCAGAACUCAUUCUGAUUUAUUGGUACAGACAAGGAGAUGUUGAUCCAAAGUUUCGAAAGCUAAUCUACUUCAACUCAUUUACAACUAUUUUGCUGUGUAUAUGUGCAAAUGUGUACUAUCACAAAAAAUAAUAAAUGCUACAACUAAGGAGAAAUUCAAAUGUGUGAAUUUCCAAACAUCUAAUCAACAAAAUGAGCUAUUUAUUUUUGGAAACUUACAAUUCAAUACGUUGCAUCUCUUUCUACUUCUCAAAUUUUUAAUAUUUGUGUACAAUAAAACUGUGAUGUUGUAAUAAAAGUAAUUAAAUAUUAAAUAAUUUUUCUAAGAAAUUUUGUUCCUAGCAAUAAAGUUGUGCUCCUGAGAAUGAACUUUUAAAAAGUGUUGCCAAACCAUUAUCAAUAAUGCAUUACACCAUUUACCUCUGUGACAAUUCUAAUUUCUUAGUGUGUGAUUAGCUGAAGCAAGUGAAAGAUUUUGGACAAUGCUUCUUUAUGGUAAUCAUUAAUCUCUAGUAAAUUGUAGGGUUAGUCAAGGGGAAAAACAAUUUAUUGUAUUACUAAUGCUUGCUUUGCAAUGUGUACGUACUUUGAAAAUUUCUGACUUUUUUGUUGAUGGAUCUGUCAAACCUUGAGUGAAGCCAAUUUUACGUGGAACUGCUUCUAUCCUUUACUUCACACUUAACUUUUAGUUGCAUUUAGUGUUGUACUAUGGGCU